AUGACGGAGCCAGGCUCGCAAGAGACUCCAUACCCAGAACCAGGAGAACCACCAGUCCCCGAUAAAGCCCUUCAACUCCAAAUCCUCCUGAUUCUCUGUCUGAGUGUUUACAUAAUCACUGCAAUCUGUCUUCUCCUCAAAUCCUACUGCAUCGCAUAUGGCACCCUCGACUUCACCUCGACGCCUGCCACAACUCCGGACCAUACAGCCGCAUGGAACUCCCUCCAGCGCCUGAAGUCUCUUAAUCGCGUCGCACCCCUCAAGCGUUAUGAUUCGUGGUAUAUCUCAGCUGUUUGUCAUGAACGGAGCCCGUUACUAAGUAGGGAUUGGGAGAAUAGCAUCUGUGCAAUAUGCCUCGAAACUGUGAACAAAGAUGAUGUGAUACAUGCACUGCCCUUUGCGCCAUGGGAUAAAUCUACCAUCCACAAAGUUGUUUCAGGACCAACUGAGCCGAGUCCAGAACGUGACCUUGACUCUCGAUCCUCACUUCUCACGCUUUCCCUCCUUUACCCCGAGAAUUACAUCUCAUCCAGCGCGCUCUCUGCUCUCCACAGUAUCGUUCGAUUUGUAUUUGGUGAUUCUAUUUUACUACCCAAGAAACACCUAACGAGAUGA